UGUGGUAAAUGAAAUAUUAAUACAUGUCCUAUAAUCGAUAAAUUAUAUGAGAUAAAUCGGCGAAUCGUUUUUGCAAUGCGACUUCUUGGCAUUGGAUUACAAGGAAUAAAUUUAUUUUGUAGAUUAAUGAAUAUUGGAAAAAGAUUAAAUCAUUGGAUAUAUAUUAUAAUUGUCUCGAAAAUUUGUAUACAGCUGCUCAAGCUGUUUACAUUUUAUCAAUCAAAACUGCUCUUAAUGAAGAAAAAGAACUCACUGCAAACGAAAAUCCGCAAUGUUUGUCCGUAUCAAGUGAUGGAACGUGGAAAAAGAGUGGAUUUAGCUCAUUGUUCGGUGUGACUACUCUAUUAUAAUUGGAAAAUAUUUCAAAAAAGCGAUUGAUACAGUUGUAAAGUCGAGUUUCUAUAUUUCAUGCAAUUAUUGGAACAAAAAAUAAGGAACGUUUGAACGAGUGGCAUAAGGAAGAAUAUUCCGUUAAUCAUAGGCAGUUCUGGGAAAAUGCAAGUAGAGACUGUAAAAGAAAUAUUUCUAAGGUCGAUGGAAAAAUACGGUGUCAAAUGUACAACAUAAAUCGGAGAUGGCGACAGCAAAACGUUAAAGCCAUUUUGGAUAUUAAUCCUUACAGUGAUGAAGUUCCUGUAAAAAAAAAGGAGUACGUUGGACACUUAGAGAAGCGGAUGGGAAUGAGACUUCGAGCUGUUAAAAAAAAUAACAAAGGCUUUGGCUUCUUCUUACUUUUGGUAAAGGAAGAAGAAAGUUGACUGCUAAAGUUAUCAACAAUUUAACAACAUAGUUUAGCGAUCCGACGAAAUGCUCAUGAUAUUAAAGAAAUGAAAAAGACAAUUUGGGCAAUUUUUUUUCACAAAAGCUCGACUGACGAUAAACUGCAACAUUAUUACUGCCCGCCUGAAAGUUGAUGCAAGUGGCGACAAGCAGAAGCCAAUGAAACGUGUUCGAGAUUAACAUUCUUGCAGUUAAUGCUCCGCAAUCCAGAUCAAUCGCCUCUGAGACGCUCCGUCAAAAGAAAACCACCGCGUUCGGCUCAUUAUAGAAAUCCGAAAGGGUGUUCGCCUGCAAAAGGGAAAUGUUGAUUUCUACUCACGUUUAUUUUGUGCUGUAUUAAAUUCAUCAUUUAAAAAUUUGUUACACGUUUUUGCGAAUUAUCAACUCUGUGAAUUGUUGAAAAUAAAAUUGUGAUCUGUUACAUGAACAUUCGCGUACAUUGAAUUUUCGAAAACUCUUCCCGCUCAAACUCUCUCUCUCUCUCUCUCUCUCUCUCUCUCUCUCUCUCUCUCUCUCUCUCUCUCUUUCUUACUCUCGAACAAAACGCUUAAGACAUUGACGCACGAUCCACCUCUUGACACAAAAGUUUUACAAUGUAUUAAACCAAUUUAUGAAAAUUUUUCUUCAAAUGAAUUAUUAGAUAGAUGUCUCGGAACGCUCAACAUCACUCUCUACGCCGUCGAAACCAGCUUAGCGUUUUUCGAUCAAUUGUGGACAUACGAGCAUAUUAUAAGCAAGCCUUUGACGAAAAUGAGUACAGUACAUCUCAAUUCGCCGAUUCCGCUGAAAUCACUUAUGUGCAGUAGCGUAGCCUGUUGAACGAUUACCUAACAAAAUUCAAGGCUGAGCAGUCAAAUAUCGCUCCUCCAAAUGAAUCUGGAAACGAUUUCUCCAUCAAAUCGGCGCUGCCGCGUCUGAAAAUUCGAUCAUUUUCGGGCUUGAAGACUGGCCAUCGUUUCGAGACAUAUUCUUGUCCAUCGUCGGUAAUAAUUCGUCUAUCUCAAACGUAGAGAAGUUCCAUCACUUGAAGCAUUGCCUAGGAGGGUCCGCUGAAGCAUUGAUAUGUCCAUUAGCUGUAAUCGGAGAUAAUUAUUCUCAUGCGUAGGCGCUGUUGUGCAAGCAUUACGAAAAAGGAGUUGUCGCUCCAAUUUUUGCUCGUUUACCGCAGUGUAGAAGAUGAAAAGCAAUACCGCCGAGGAGCUUAGCCGCAUUUACAAUGCCGCCAUCAGUGCCGUGAACAGUCAAGAAAGCAUAGGAAGACCAAUUAAUUCGCAUGACUUCUUUAAUCACUUCAUCAUCGAGCUCUUCGACUCGAAGAUUCGCCUCGAGUGGGAAUCUCACAUGAACGAUUCCACGGACUUGCCAGAUCACGAUAUCUUGAUGGACUUCAUUACCAAGCGAAUUCUGACUCUCAAGGCUGCAAAACUAAAGGUCACCAAAGUCUUCGGAGAUCCAAAAUCGCGAAUCGCAAAAUCACACGUCGCUAAACGUACAACCGACGCUCCCGGCUGUGCAAGGGUAGGCACAAUGUGAUGAUGUGCGAACAGUUCAAGGCGAAAUCCGCAUCCGAACGAAAGUCCAUCGCGGAAACACACCAGUUGUGUUACAACUGUCUCGGUUUGCAUCCAAUCGCAAAGUACCAGUCAAUGAAGACGUGCUUUACGUAUAAGGCGAGACAUCAUUCACUCCUUCA